UUUUCACUAAUCUAAUCUAUGAUAGUAACUGUCAACUCCAAAAAAAUGCUGUUGACGUUUUAUUUGUAAUGAGCAAAACACAAAUUCAUUGUUGUUUUUAAAAAUCAUUCUCCUAACCUAUUCUAUUAUAGUUCAAUAUAGAAAUUGCAAUAAUAUAGUAACAAAAUGACCACUUUUGGGGAAAUAAACGAACCUUCAAGCCGAACUGCAUGGGAGGACUGGGAUGAAGUUUUGUAUACUGAAAAUUGUACUGACUUACGUUUAGAAAAAGAAGUUGAAGUACCCAAACAAAUUGAUACUUUCAUCAUCCUAGAAGGAAAGUACUUGUAUGACUGUGUAAGAGCACAUCAUGAACUGGACCUCGUCAACGCCAGUCCAGAAGUUGGUUUACGCAUAUUCAAGACUAAGAAACUGAAUAACUAUGUUUGUAUGAUAAGGGAUUACAACUUAAUUCAGAGCAGCGAAAUUGUUGAGUUGUUAAAAAAAUACAUAAAUAUGAGCAUUGAUGUUAUAGGUAUAUUAACAAAACCACUAGUAGAUUACCAAGUAUCAGAGCGGAUCACAAAUGACUAUGUGAUCAGAUGUCUUUCAGCAAGCAAACCCACAAGAGAUCUGGAUAAGACCUUCCCUCAUUUAGAGCAACCAAAUAUUAUAUCUGGAAUAUGUGCAGGAGUUCUGUGCUGGAGAGAAGUCACUGAUAAGCCUGCUGUAGUGAUUGUAUGUUAUAUGGAACAUCCUGAAGAGCAAAUAAUACUUGAAUUGAAUAAUUUGUUAGAAAAAUUCAAAGUUAUUUCUCAAGUGGAAAAAGCACAUCGAGAUAAUUUACUAAAUUCAAAUUUAUACAUUUAAAGACAAAU